UGUUUGUCUGACUGAUUCUCUCUGCCUCUCAGACUGAACGAUGGCUGAAGCCCAGCUGUGUGGAUUACAAGACGAGAUCACCUGCUCGUUGUGUCUGGAGACCCUGACUGACCCCGUGUCACUGCAUUGUGGUCACAGUUUCUGUCUGAAGUGCCUCACUGACUGCUGGGAUCAGAGCCAAGUGUUCAGCUGUCCUCAGUGCAGACACACCUUCACCACAAGGCCUGAGCUGAACAGAAACACACUGCUGAAUGAAAUCGUAGAGAAACUAAAGAAGACAGGACUCAUUUCUUCUCCAUCUCAGAAUUAUGCUGGCCCUGGAGACGUGGAGUGUGACUUCUGUACUGGGAAGAAGUUCAGAGCGGUGAAGUCCUGUCUAACCUGCUUGGCCUCCUUCUGUCAGCCUCACCUGCAGCCCCACUAUGAGGUAGCGGCCUGGAAGGACCACAAGCUGGUUGAUCCUGAUGGAAAUCUGAGGAGGAAGCUCUGUGCAAAACAUCAGGAAAGUCUGAAAAUAUUUUGCAAAACUGAUGAUUUGUGUAUCUGCAUGAUGUGUGUGGUGACUGGACAUAAAGGUCAUGAAAUAGUGGAGCUGGAGACGGAAAGAAAAGGAAAAGAGGAACAGUUGGGGGCAACAUGGAGUGAAAUCAGGAGGAGACUUGAGGAGAGAGAGAAGAAAAUGAAGGAGAUGAGAAAUGUGGUGGAGCAGAUAAAAAUAUCUGUGGAAAAAGAGGUAAAGGAAAAUGAGAAAAGCUUCAUUGAUCUGAUCCACUGCAUUGAAGAAGCUCAAAAGAACUUGUUUGAAAGGAUCAAAGAACAAGAGAAGAGAGAAAUAGAGAAGGCUGAAGGAGUCAUGGAACAACUAGAGAAGGAGAUUGAGGAGCUGAAGAAGAGAGACACUGAGCUGAAGGAGAUUUUGGACAACAAGGAUCAUGUCCACUUUGUACAGACUUUCUCAUCUUGCUGUGUCUUUCCUGAUGAUGGAGGCUUGCUCAGCUUCACUGUCACUGCUGAUUUCUCUUCUGAGGACCUGAGAAAUGAGCUGUCAUGUCUGAAAAAGAGUUUGGAGAAGAUCAGCCAGUGGGACAUCAAAACAUGGAGUCCAUCAGGAAAGAAACUCUUAGAGGAGACUGACACCAGAAACGAGCCAACUGUCUCUGACCCUCGUGCUAAAGACUUCCAUGAGACACACAGACAGGCUGUGUCUGAAUCCACAAGAACUCUGGGGGCUCAGGCUUCUCCUGGAGAUCCACACAUCACAGCUGUGGGAUUUGAGACUCGAUACACAGAGUUGAUGGCCAUUGAACAGGACCCAAGAAACCAUAAGGAGACUGAACAUGAACUUAUGAAAACUGGGAGGUUUCAUGAACAGCUCAUGAAGAAAGGAGAAUCAGAGAAAUGUGAGCGAAUCUGGAUUGAGCAGCUGUUUAGGAAAAGUCCUGUAAGUGUAAAUCCAGUCAACAUCAUAGUGGUCAGUGGGAUGGCCGGAAUAGGGAAGACCACCAUGGUACAGAAGAUCAUGUAUGACUGGGCCAGAGGCACUCAGUACCAGAGCUUUGCAUUUGUGUUUCUGUUUAAAUUCAAAGAGCUUAACCUCUUAGACAAUGAGAAUGAGACACAAAUGUCACUGACCAAACUGAUUGAAAGGCACUAUAAAUAUCUCAGUAAUGAUCCACUGAAAGACAUUCUGAAGAAUCCUGAAACUCUCCUGUUUAUAUUUGAUGGACUGGAUGAGUUCAAACACAAACUGGACGUCACCCAGAGUCAGCUCUGCUCAGACCCAGAAGUUGAGGUGCCUGUCCACAUCCUGGUCACCAGUCUGGUCAGUCGGACAUUACUGAAGGGCUGCUCAGUCCUGAUAACAAGCAGACCAACAGCCCUGGAAGCCAUGGACAUGGAAAGAGUCGAUCAGUUUGUAGAGAUCCUGGGGUUCUUCCCUGAACAAAGGCUGAUGUACUGUAAGAAGUUCUUUGGUGACACUGCUCAGGCUGCUGAGGCUUUUCAGUAUGUGAAGGAGAACACCAUCCUGUACUCAAUGUGCUUCAGUCCAUCAUACUGUUGGAUGAUCUGCUCUGUGUUGAAGAGACACUUCAUGACACCCGAAAAAGACAAAGGUGAAGCUCUGCAAGUGGGUCAGUGGCUCUGUGAGACUCAGAAUAAGGAGUUAAGUAGAGACACCAUUGGAGAGGAUUUAAAGAUGAACUUUAGCAGCACGACUUUAUCUGCUGUGGACUGUGCUGUGCUGGCCGCUGUCAUCAGCUGCUGUGGAGAGCUUAAAGAACUUGACCUGUCAGGCACACCUCUGACCGCUGAGUGCGUCAAGAUACUUGAGCCGGGGCUCAGCUUCUGCAGUAAAGUCUGGUUGGUCUCUUGUGGUCUCACCUCGGCCUGCUGCUCAGCUCUCUCCUCGGUCCUCUCGUCUCCAAACUCACAGCUGACUGAACUGAGUCUGAGCAACAACAACCUGGGAGAUUCAGGGGCUCGUCAACUGAGUGGGGGGCUCAGGAGUGACAACUGUAAAUUAAAGAUACUGGGGUUGGACUCUUGUGGUCUCACCUCGGCCUGCUGCUCAGCUCUCUCCUCGGUCCUCUCGUCUCCAAACUCACGGCUGACUGAACUGUGGCUGAGCAACAACAACCUGGGAGAUUCAGGGGCUUGUCAGCUGAGUGAGGGGCUCAGGAGUGACAACUGUAAAUUAGAGACACUGAGGCUGGAGACAACGAGAUCAGUGAGAGUGAGGAGAGGAACCUGAGGUCACUACAGGAGGAGCUGAGGAGGUCUGGACGUCAGCUGACUAUCUACACAUGAGAAGACCAGCAGUGGUGAUCAGACUGACCCCCUGUCAGUGAUGGAGCCCCCCAUCCACUCACCCCUAAAUUCUCCUCUUUCUUCUUUUUCUUCUCCUCUCAGCUCUGCUCCUCAUUUAAUAAACUCUCCAUGUCCCCUCAGCCUCUGUGCUCCUCCUUUAACGUCACUUUUAUUUUUAACACCUUGAGACCCCCAACUGGUGACUAAACUCAAGCAGACUCUGACCUGCAGACCCCCCGAGUUUCACCACUAGAGGCAGUAAAGCAUUGGGGGGUCAUCCUGUAAAAAAACCCCCAAGGAGGAGCAAUGAGAGGUGGACAGUCCAGCUGUGGGGUGACAGGGGGCCUGAGGCUGUGGUGACACUGGGGACAAGGCUGGGACAAACCCUGGACAGGAUUCAGGUCCAUCACAGGACGCCAUCAGCUCUCGUCUCCAUCGUCACUCGGUGUCAUUUGAACCCGUGUCUGCUCCGUGUCCCCCAAGUCCUUUCUGCCACCUGCUGAUUGUCCUUUGGUGACACUUUAACUCCCACAAGACUCCAUUUUGAUUUUGAUUUUCUUUUUUAUUCGUCGUCUCCACUUCACCGUCCCCUCCAGUCGUGUCCUCGUAGUGAGCAGCGGCCUGAACAAG